AUGCCGCGCCCAGGGCUGAGGGGAAGAGGCGGGGAGGCCGCGGGUUCCCCUUCCGGGCCGGCAUUUUCCCUGCGUCCGAGGCGGGAAAUGGCGGCCGGCCCGGCGCCGCCGUUGUUGCCGCCGCCGGGGGAGGCGGGCGCGGGGCCACCGCUCAGCCCGGCGCCCGCCGCCCGGCAGGACCCGCGGGUGCAGUGCUGCUCGCGGCGCGGCCUGAGCGAGGUGAUGGCGCUCUGCGCGCCCUUCGUGCGGGCCCUGGCCCAGGGGCAGCCGGGCGGACCCGCCGCCGCGGGAGACGCGCUCUGGAACUUCGAAACAGCGGUGCGGGAGAACGUUACCAUUAAUGGGCAGCCCUGGGAGGAGACUUCGGAUGACUCCGAGCUGCAGAGUGGUUCCAACAUCAAAAUUCUUGAAGAUCACUUUGAUGAAAUAAUAGUAGAGACAACAACAAAGCGUAAGCAGUGGCCUAAAAAGGUACUGAUGCAUGCUAUCCAAACCAUGAAAGCAGAGCAAGAGAUGUUGAAGCUCUACCAGCCUUUUGUAACACCAGAAGAGAUAAGAUCACAGCCUUCUCAAGAUGCUUACAUUGCAGAUCUGAAGCAGGUGACAGAAGUGGCAUCCAAACAGAUCAGUGGAGCAAUGAAGUCUCUCCCAGCGCUAAUAGAAAGAGCAGAAGGUUUUUCCCAAGCCUUAACUUGGCAACCAACCUUGGAACUCUGCAAGCUGCGGCAAGAAGUCUUUGCUGGUUGCAAGGCGAAGGAGGAAAAUAACGUCCAAAAUUUCGUAUCACCAGGAGAAGUCACACCAACAGACACUGAUACCAGCAAAAAUCCUUAUGUUUUGCUAAAAAGAAAAAAAGCUGCAGAUUCACCAGAAAGAAGACGCUACCCACUUCGACGGAGGAAGAUUACUCUCAGCGCAUGAAUUUCUCCUUCAGUAUUUUCAGAUUGGAAUCUCAGUUGUACUCUUGCUCAGUGUGCUCAGUCUUUUUUCUUAAAACUUCAUCUCCUCCCUAAUUCAGUGCUAUACAUGGGAGCUUCCUUAAUUAUUUAGUCUUUGAUCCUUUUAAAUACUUCUAUUUUUACUGUCACACUGAUGGUAUAUGAAAGCCUACGCAUACCAGUAGCAUCAUUUUUUGCUCUUUUAUUGCAGCAUUUAGCUUGAGUCCUCAUGCUUCUCAGAGUUUGUGCACAUGCUUUAUGUAUAUGGGCAGUCUUUUAGUAGACCGCUAAGUGCUCACUUACAUUAAGCAUGUCUCUAAAGAGGUUGGAGAAUGUCUGGUUCUCCUAAUGCACCUUCAUUUAUUACUGAGUCGGGUGGCUAUUUUUUUAAUAAAUAAAUAAAGAAGAAAUUCACACUGGAGCAUAUUGAAAACACCAGCUUUGAUACAAUGUUACAGUUUUUAGAAAAUCCACGCACAAAUGUGGCGUUGGUCCCUGCUAUUCUACCUUUCCUGAAUUUAGGUCAGCUGGGCUUAUUUAUAGUCAUGUUUGUUUAAACUUGGAUUUUUAGUAAUUGUAUGUAUUUACUUGCAGUGUGCUCUUCUGAACAAGGAUUCAACCAUCCACAUCUUACCAUCUGAUACUUUGUUUCAUGUAAUCCCAUUAUGCAGUCUGGGGGUUUCCUGGGCAAUAUUUCUACACAUUACAGGAUCUUGACUUGGGUCAUACAUGCAUUUGUGAUGUUUGACUGAACUUUAAAGAUCAGUAUAGGCUACCAGUAAAUGGUAUUAAGUUGAGCUAGCUAACUUUUUUUUUUUUUGUUCUUUACACAUUAGUACCUAGACGAUUGCACAGUAGUACUAAAUUGAGCAUUGUGCCUUAACCAUUCAUAACUUUUUCUGGUUUAUGAUUGCAUGUGCUUGCAGUAAAUACUCAUGUCUAAUAUGUAACGUAUAUCUCACACAGUAAAUGGAGGGGUUUUUCAGAAGCUUUAUUAAUGAAAUGUACUGUGGUAAGAAGAUAGGUCCAACUUAAUAUCUAAGAGACUGAAAAUUUUCAAGAAAAUGUGUGACAGGUUUUAGUUAUUUUGUAAAGGUGAGCAUCUGUACUGAGACUUUGUAUAUUUAAUCAUAUGUAAAUAUUUGUUUCCCGCCGCUCUUGUAUAUACAAAUGUGUGUUUUUAUACAAAGUAAAUUAAAUCAAUUAAGGAAGAUCAAA